CAUUUAACGAGGAACGUCAGUCGUUUGUUUUAUCAUUCGCCUACACAGUGUUGUACAGUUAACUUGCAAAAACUAAAAACUAAAAUAUUUUCCAUGUAUAGUUUACACAUUUCUCAGGUUUUUACUUUUGAGUUAAUAAGUUUAUUAGUCAGUGAAAUUAGAAUAUUUUAUGAUAUUUACUAGGGUUAAUCAAAAGUGAACAUGGAAAGUAACUUAAGAAGUUUAAUUAGCUCCUUAAUAUUUCUCCUUCAAAUAAGCUCAUGUUUUACCAAAGUUCAACGAUAUGACCCGAGCAGUGAAUUUUUACUACGGGAAGCUGGUGGAGUUGUACCCAGUAAUAAAAACGACUAUGCAGCUCAGUUUCCAAGUUUGCCAUCGUUGAAACCUAGUCAAUCAACCGUUAAUAAUAACGUUAAUUCGCUCACUACAACCAGAACACAAUUAUCGGGUAGACGAGAUUAUGUUGCUCCUCAACGUAGCUCGAACGCCCCGACGUCAACAACACCUUCUAAAUCAACAACUUUUCUAGCAAAUCCUGCAUCCUCUCCAAAUUCACCUAAAAGAGAUUACGUUGCCCCUCAGUGGCCAACACUUAGACCUGUAGGAACAUCGCAAAAGCAAGGAAAUGCAGGCACAACUCCAAUGCCAUCUACGUCACCAAAAAGAGAUUACGUAGCGCCACACUUUCCAAACUCAAAACAAGAAAAUAACCAACAUGGCCCAGGAAAAGUUAAAGAUCUCGUAAACUUUUAUGACAGUAAAUCACAAGGGGGAUCAACACCAUCACGAGGAUCGAGUUACAGUUCAAUUUUACAAGGGAUGAAAGGUAACCAGGUGCCAAAUUUAUCAACCCAGGUUACACAAUCUUCUACAAAAUCUCCAGGAAAUACCCCUAAACCUUCAAGCUUUAGUUCAGCUGUAACAGGCCCGAAAAAUAUGCAUUCUGGGCAGCCUUCCAUGACUACCCCCGCAACUCGUGGUAAACCCAAUAAGAAUCAAUUAAAUAAUCGUCCAACAAGCCCUGUUUUGCCCAGUUCUUUAGCAAAUACCAAUCAAGGUACAAACUCGAACAUUGCAAGUGAUACUGAAUUACAAACUGUCAGUGAAGAGCUGCUCCGAAAAGACGUUAAUAAUGCAGCUAAAUAUGUAGCAGUCAAUUAUCAAGAAAAAACAACAUCACAGUCUAAAGAUGACAAAGCUCCAUUGCCAUUGCUCACAAUUUCGCCAGAAGUAUGGAAUAUUACAACUAUUCAACUAUUUUUGCCAUUAUUAGAUAAUUAUGAAAGGGAUACCUUAACAAACGAACAUGUUACGUCUCAAGAGAGAAUUGAAGAAAAUAGUUUCAUGGACGUGAUUAUGGCUACGAGUGUUAUUCGUCAUUUAAUGAACUUCCUAAAAGAUAAAGGUUACGUUGCACAAGACCCUAAACAACAAAGAGAUUUUCUAAAACAUAUCUGGUUCGGCUUAUAUUCUAGAGGUCAAGGUAAAAUAAGCAGUUCAGGAUUCGAACACAUAUUUGUAUCAGAGCUUAAAAAUGGAGAAGUUUCAGGACUGCAUAAUUGGUUAUAUUUCUCCAAAGAAGAGGUAGCCAAUCGAAUCAACUAUUUGGGUUAUUUAAAAUAUGUCGAAUUUAAUGACAAAGGAGCUGUCAUUAAAAUGCAUUUUAACCAGCAAGGAGUGGAUAAGCCGGUUGAUACAAUGUUCAUUGGUACAUCACCUGAAUUAGAGAUUGCAAUUUAUACUUUAUGCUAUGUGACUCGAGUUGGCAAUGAUUGUAAACUCAAGCUUGGAAAUAAGGAUGUAAACAUUGUCACCCAUAACUUCAGAUACCGCAGCAAAAAUUAUAUUGGUAGCGGUUAUCCUCAAAUAUAAUUUUUCGUAACUACCAACUUAAGUGUUGCAGAUGUGCAACUUAAGUGACAUGAUGCAGCUUACAUUUACUGAAUAUACCUUUUUAUCUCGUGUUUUGAAGAUUUUUUUAUGUAAGCACUAUGUUAAAAUAAAAAAAAUACUUCAAUAUUACAAUGAA